AUGACAUCUAUUCAAUGUAAAAUACUUUUGGUUGGAAUGUCGGGUGUGGGAAAGUCGCGAAUAAAAAUCAGGUUUGUACAAGGACAUUUUGUUGAAGUGUACGACCCAGUAAUGGAAGAUCCUUACUUUGUUGAUCUUCCUGUCGACAAGAACAUGACAGCCACAAUUGAAGUUUUGGACAGUGGAGAGUCCGAAUGUGAGUAUACAGCGCUUAGAGACCAAUACUACAAAAGAUCGAAUGGGUACAUUUACGUCUACUCCAUUACAUCAAAUGAGUCUUUCGUCACGUUGGAACAUUUCAGACAACAAAUUUACAGUGUGAAAGACGCGGAUUAUUCCGAACAAUUUCCAGCAGUUCUAUGUGGAAAUAAAUGCGAUCUUGAAAGUGCAAGAGAAGUAAAAACAGAAAGCGGCUUAAAUUUGGCUCAAGAGUGGAACAUUCACUUUUUUGAGUCAUCUGCUAAAAGUGGUGUUAAUAUAGGAAUUUUAUUUGGAGAAGUCUCGAAACAAAUAGCUUUAAAAACAAAAAACAUACAAAAAUCAAUUAUUAAAAAAACAAGUUCUAAAACGUGUUUAUUAGUGUAA